AUGUGGUUGGAGAUGUCUAACAGUCUGUUGAGUGACAACUACAACUUCAACUUCAACUACAAUUACAACAAUUAUAAUAAUUACAACUAUAGUGGCAAGGUUAAUGAUGGCAAUACAGCCAACGGCACAACAUGUUUGGAGGGUGGACAUUGCUCAUUCUGUCAAUCAAUACUUAUGAAGAGUAUUAGUAUUCGCGAUUAUGAGACAUCGAUCAACUUCAACUUGGUAUUCGACAUCAUGCUACUUGGCUACAUCUUCUCGGCGAUCUAUCUCAUCUUUCGUGUGCAGAAGUCCUACACCUACAUGCAGUCCACCAGCAUCAAGUUCAUCAGCGGCACCAACAACAACGAAGACAAAGGUGCCAAUGGUGCCAGCGGGAGUGGACAUAACAGCCCCAACAUAAAUGGCGAGGACGGCGUGCCACUGGUACCCCUUCGCAUGUCGGGCUACACAUCGAUCAACAUCCAGGAGGAGAACUCAAUGCUCUUUGACAAGAACGCAAGCAUAACGAUCAAUCAACCCAAGAUCAUCGUGUCCACAUACUUCAAGCAUCUCCUGUUUGUCAUCAUCUGGCUGUCGGUUCAGUCGCUGGUCAUGCUGUUCCUGCCGCCAUGGCCCGGCGUGCUCUAUCCCACGCUGAUCGUGAUCAUUCGCGGCGGCCAGAUCAUCUCGGACAACUGGAUCCUCGUGUUCAUGACGGGCAAGGGCGAUGACAAGCAGUCGGCACGAUUCUCAAUCUUCUUCUGUCUGAUACUCUAUCUGAUCAUCACAUCGAUGAUGCUGGCAUCGAUCUAUGACGACGACCAGCAAUGUGGCUCGCCAACCGAGUGCCAGCUAUUCAACAUGUUCGAAUUCACACGUCUUGGCAUCCACUUUGUCUAUGCCGUUGUCUAUGGCGCCGUGCUCUUCAUCUCAUCACGUGGUACAUUCAUCCGACCAACCGCACGCAUCUGGCUCACAUUCCUAUUCAUUGUCAACUUCUUCUCUGCAUUCUCCUACCUCCUCAGUGUAUUUGGCGUUGACUUUGGCGAAUGCUUACUCAGCCUUGUAACGAUCAUCAGUGCCUUCCUCUAUGGAUUCCUCUUGUUCAGGACUUGUGGAAAUGACUCCAACUUGUUGCGCGCAAGGAGUGAGUUUGAACCAUUGCUAAACAACUUCCAGGAGUACCAGAACUUGUUUGGAAUGGACAAUAUAUCAUCAAUUGAUGGUGCCAAUGCAUUACAGUUGGCAGCGUUCAAUAUUAGAUUCUCAGAGUUUAAGAUGUGCGAAGUGAUUGGCGGUGGAUACUUUGGCGAGGUCAGAAAGGCCAUUUGGAAGGGCGCAGUAGUGGCCAUCAAAGCCCUGCACAGGAACUCAUACCGACACACAGAAGACCAGGACGACAAUGUCUUCUUCAAGGAGGUGGCCAUACUCAGCAUCCUGCGCCACCCCAACGUCUUGCAGUUCCUUGGCGUGUGUGCCGAGCAAGAGAAGAACUGCAUCGUCACAGAGUACAUGGGCGGUGGCAGUCUGGAGCGCCUGCUGCAGGACCGCUACCAUCUGUUCACCAACCACCCCGAGCUGGCGUGGAGAAUUGCGCUCGACAUUGCCAAGGGCAUGUUCUACCUGCAUGACUGGAAGCCCAACCCCAUCCUGCAUCGCGAUCUCUCGACAAAGAACAUCCUGCUGGACGAGGGUAUCUCACUGGCCAAGGUGGCCGACUUUGGCCUUUCGCGCGAGCAAGGCUUUGAAAUGACUGCCUCCGUCGGAUACCUCCCAUUCCAAGCACCCGAGGUAUUUGUGGGCGAGAUGUACACAUCCAAGGCCGACGUAUACUCGUUCGGCAUCCUGCUGUGGUGCAUACUGACGGGUCAGCAACCCAAUGGCGAUCUGCCACCCCUCAAGAUGGCGCACAUGGCCUCGUACGAGCAGUACCGUCCGCCUCUGCCGUCAGACUCGGCCGUCCCGAUGUGGGCGCCACUGAUCAGUCUGAUGCAGAUGUGCUGGAAGGCCACGGCGGAGGAGCGACCCACCUUUGCAUUCAUACUCGACUAUCUGGAGGUCAACAUGCCGUCCGAGGCGCUGACCUUCUUCCAGCGCACAACAUUCACCAACAGCAGCAGCGCCAAUCACUCCACCAACAACUCAAACAACAACUCAUUCAGUUCGUUCGGCACGAUGAUGAAUGCUUCGGUCACAGUCAGUCUGCUGCCCAACAAUUACCAUCAUGGUGGCGCAAUGCACAACAAUCACACAUCAUCGCCACCCGCCAUUCGAGAGGAGGAUGAAGAGGACGACGAUAUAUUUAAUCAGAAUGAUUAUCAUUAUAUAGGAGACUAG